AUGGCAGGCUGGUUCUCUUCAACGUCGCCGCUCGAUGAGCAAAUCGAGCGGGCGACAGCUUCCUCUCUGGAAGACAUUGCCCUCAACCUGGAAAUAUCAGACAUGGUUCGAUCAAAGAGCGUUCAGCCCAAGGAUGGAAUGAGGUCUUUGAAACGACGACUUGAGAAUAGGAAUCCCAACAUUCAGCUGGCGACAUUGAAGUUAACGGAUACGUGUGUCAAAAACGGAGGCACCCAUUUCCUGGCCGAGAUCGCGUCUCGGGAGUUCAUGGAUAACCUCGUCUCAUUGCUGAAAUCCGAAGGCGCUCCCCUUAAUGCCGAGGUCCAGGCGAAAAUAUUGGAACUUAUUCAAAACUGGGCUAUGGCUGCACAGGGCCGCAUGGAUUUGAUGUAUUUGGGGGAGACAUAUCGCAAAUUGCAGAGCGAAGGCUACCGGUUUCCACCAAAGACAGAAAUGAGUGGCAGCAUGCUGGAAAGUAGCGCACCCCCAGAGUGGAUCGACUCUGAAGUCUGCAUGCGAUGUCGGACUCCCUUCAGCUUUAUGAAUCGCAAGCACCACUGCCGUAACUGCGGGAACGUAUUCGACGCUCAGUGUUCAAGCAAGACUAUUCCUUUAUCACAUCUUGGAAUUCUGCAGCCUGUCAGAGUAGACGAUGGAUGUUAUGCCAAAUUGACCUCCAAGUCAUUUGCGCCACCGGGAAUUUCGGAUCGAUCCGCUUUCAAAAACAACUCCAUCAGCAAAUCUAACACAGUGGAACCUCGUGCUGGUAAAGCGGAUACAGGAUUCGAUGAGGAUUUGCGUCGAGCGUUGCAAAUGAGUCUUGAUGAAGCUGAGGGCAGGGGCCCUUCGGGGUUUGUACCACAGACAGGCAAUGCUCCAGAACCCGUCAAGAUUGCCCCAGCGCCGGAGAAUGUGGACGACGAAGAUGCGGAUCUCAAGGCUGCGAUUGAAGCAUCCCUGCGCGAUAUGGAACAACACAAACAAAACCAUGCAGCCGCAUUGAAGAACGUGCCCACUCCAAGUUCUAUCGUGCGCGAUUCCUCUAGCACGCCCACUCCAUUGCCUAAAAAUCCAUAUGAACUAACCCCUGUUGAAACUGAGAAUAUUCAUCUCUUCUCUACGCUGGUUGAUCGGCUCCAGCAUCAGCCGCCGGGCACAAUUCUUAGAGAACCGCAAAUCCAGGAGCUAUAUGAGAGUAUCGGUGCGCUUCGACCAAAGCUGGCUCGAAGCUAUGGAGAGACCAUGAGUAAGCAUGAUACAUUAUUGGAUCUCCACGCCAAGCUGUCUACGGUUGUACGUUACUACGACCGAAUGCUAGAAGACCGCCUGACAGUUGCCUAUUCCCAACACACCCUUGGCCAUGGAGCUGUUCCUGGGGCGGCGCAGUAUCCAAAUAUCCAGCCAGCGUUCCCUACUCACGCUCCCGACGUCCAGGGUGGAGCCGAGAAUUUCUAUCAUGGGAGUCAAUUGGACAGCUCUCGCCCACCUACUACCUUGUAUGCACCCCGGCAGGUGAACGGCGAUGGGUUUCAAGGUCCACCCACCUACCCAUCACAAGCUCAACACGGGGCUUCCACAAAUGAGUCUUAUGGUCACACCUGGGGUGGGAAUAACUACCCGACCCUUGGAUCACCUUCGCCUAACGACGGCAUUCCAAAUAAUUAUACCAAUACCCCGGCGCCAAGUGCCCCAGCUCAAUAUUACGCAGGACCACACGACCAAGACUCAGCCAAGUCACCGGGCGCAGAAGCCCCAUACCAGGCGUCACCCAUUAUGGGCCGGGACUCUCAGUACCAGGCCAAUGCGCCUCCCAGUGGCCCUAACCCUGUGCCCGAGCAACACCCAUCUUCCGGCUAUAUGCAGUCGCCAGGUUAUUCUGUGCCGCCUACUGCGCCAGCACUUCAUCAGCAAGCAACCAGCUCUUCUCAGUCUUACUAUUACCCGUCACAGUCCCAGUCUCAACAACCUCCUAAUGCCGUGCCAUCUGUCUACCCUUCGAUUAACACUAGACAACCCGGGUCCUAUGCACAGGAGACUUCGCAACCGCCUUAUCAGCAACCAGCACGGUCAGUGGAGGAAAACUUGAUUGAGCUAUAG